GACGUGGAUUCCGAGUAGUUUUAUUGCGGCAACAUCGGGGCGGAAAGACGAGUGCGCCUAGGAAGUGAAUUUAAAACACAAAUCGAUUAAUUGUGAAAAGAUGCGCUGAUCUACAUUCAAAUUUAUUCCCAGAUUCACAGUAGAAACGGAUUUGCCUAUGAAAGACAUGCUUUUCUUCAAAAUGUAACGUUAUUUGUGACAUAAUGUAAUUUGGAAAUUCUGAUAUAAUUCUACCGCAGUGACGCUUAAGAGCGGUAAUUCAGAAGAUUGUUUACCUUAUCGGGGAGCUUUAAAUAUACGACCAAUACGUAAGACUGCACGCUAAACUCAUAGCAUGUACAUAUACGUAGCCGUGUGGAACGUGUAAGGCAUUCAAACGCAAAGGUUUUAACGGAAUGGAGAUAUAUACGAUUCAGAGAGAUAUUAAACCCCAGAAAGACCUUGGCAUUUAUGAUUUUGAAAACACUUCUGGGUAAUAUAUUGGAGAUUUUUUACUUGAAUCUGUGUUUUUGCGCAUAAAUCUCGGUAAUAUUGGAAACUACCAGCUUGGAUAGUAAGGAGCCCCUUCGCGUAUGGUAGACAGGCGUUUCUCCAGGAGGGAGAUUGGUUUGAAGGCCGCCCAGACUGUCGGAGUCAAUUGGCAGUGGAGUGUUUAGGGCCGCUGAAGUGUGUGCGCCGAUCGGGCCCCGACAGUUGUACACUAGCGAGGACGGUGCAUGCUCAGGGUAGCAGGACAACUCACCCAACACCAAUUACUGUCAAUAACGAUGCACUGUCGGGCUUAAUAAUUGUCGAGUCAGACUAGUGUUCUACUCAACGAGUAACAAUGGAGGAAAAUGGCAACCUAACGGGAAUAGGGAACGGAAGUGCAAUUCCUCCCGGAGUCACUGACGGGCAGGUGGCGACCAUACCCGUUACCCAGGAUACCAUGGUGACGCUACGUCAGAACCGGAAGGGAUGUUAUUUUACGCGCGUGCAAGUCGCCAUUUUUACAGUAGCAUUUGCUCUUUCCAUUAUUUUUGUAGUGUUGCUUUUAACAUUUGUGAGGAAAGAACAAAUAGUUCACGUGUCGUCACCUGGGGCGCUACAACAUUGUAAUCCGGAAAUCGACUACACUACUUCCGGUGUGUCUGUUGAAUCGGAUGGUGUUCAAAAUGAAACCAAUUCUGUUUCUGCUGAAAAUUUAACUCGUGUUGAAAAUGCAUCCGAUAAUACGACAAUUCCAGAAAAAGUUAAUAUCACUGAAGUUUUAGUUCCAGAAAAAACCGUAAGACCUUGGGAUAAAAUUAGAUUACCGAACGACAUACUUCCGGAAAGAUACGAUUUAUUUCUCAGGAUUGAUUUGGAAAACAGAACAUUUAAAGGUAGUGUCAAUAUAACUGUGAAAACUUCGGCGCCAAAGAAAAUUCUUCUUCUACACAUCAACGCUUUAUGGAUUGUGAAAGACUCGGUGAAAGUUAGGUCUUUGGACAAUAGUGUAGUUUAUAAUGUACAAAGACAGUUUCAUGCGUGGAAAACACAAUUCUGGGUGAUUAUUCUCGAGGAGGAACUCUCUUUAACCGGAUAUUACGUCAUAGAAAUUGGCACUUUCAAAGGAACCAUGUACAAAGACUUACGAGGACUUUAUUUAAGCGAGUACGAAGGUACAACCGGCAUAAGAUACCUAGCGGCCACACAGCUCCAGUCUACCGACGCCCGGAAGGUGUUUCCAUGCUUUGAUGAACCUGCCAUGAAAGCCACGUUUAAAUUGACGAUACAGCACGAGGAAGGUUACACGGCCCUUAGCAACAUGCCCGUAGAGACAGAGCAGUACAUGUCGACAGAACCCGGAUGGAUUAGAGUAAACUACCACGUGACCCCUAUUAUGUCGACGUAUCUAUUAGCGAUAGUGGUGUCUGAUUUUGAGUACAAGGAGGCCAUGAUCAACGGCGACUACCAGUUACGGAUCUGGGCCCAGCCAAACAAGAUCAACCAGACGCUUUACGCCCUUGACUUAGGGGUGCAAUUAUAUGAUUACUUCACCGAUUACUUCCAAAUCAAAGACGUCGUACCGAAGGCAGAUCACGUCGCCGUGCCUGAUUUUAGCGGAGGUGCCAUGGAAAACUGGGGUCUCGUGAUUUAUCGCGAGACUGCCCUUUUGUUUGACCCGGAUGUCUCGUCUAGUGAGAACCAACUGAUGGUCACAUUGAUCGUAGCACACGAGAUAGCACAUACGUGGUUCGGUAACAUGGUGACCAUGCGAUGGUGGGAUGAUCUAUGGUUGAAUGAAGGUUUUGCAAGUCUUCUCAUGUACUUCGCCAUGGAUGACGUAUUUCCGGAGUGGGAAGUGUUUACUCUUCACGUUGUCGUGAAGGAAGUAUUUCCUGUCAUGGUUCGGGAUGCGCUUACUACGUCACAUCCGGUUUCAACUCCCAUUCUUACACCAGAUGACAUUGCACAAUCGUUUGAUGCCAUUUCGUAUAGUAAGGGAAUGGCCGUCCUGAGAAUGUUGCUUGGUUUUGUUGGCUGGGAGGACUUCAGAACAGGCUUACAGGUGUAUGUAACAAGGUACAAGUUUCAGAACGCCGUCAUGCAACAGUUAUGGCAUACCUUUUCUGAGGCCGUUGGGAACAAAUUUGUGAUAGAGGAAAUCAUGGACACCUGGACGCGACAGAUGGGAUAUCCCGUGGUGACCCUCCGAUCUGAAGGAGAUCACUACAUUCUUGAUCAAGAUCGUUUUCUUCUUGAUGGCAACUCCAGCAUGGGUGAUCCAAGUCCAUACGACUACAAGUGGCACAUUCCAUUUACGUACAUCACCGAGGCAGAGCCUAACAUAAGUAACCGGAAGUUGGUGUGGUUAAGCAUGAAUUCAGCGAAGAUACCGAAAGGAGAAAACCAUUGGAUUCUAGGGAACGUGGAUUAUAUCGGGUUUUAUCGAGUAAAUUAUGAACUCAGCAUGUGGCGCGCUCUAGCGGAACAAUUAAACGAGGAUCACACGGUUUUUCCUGAAGCAAACAGAGCAGGACUUAUCGGCGAUGCCUUCAACUUAGCAAGGGCAAAGCUGCUGGAUUAUGACGUUGCGUUGAAUAUGACGACAUAUUUGAAUCAGGAAGCGCGAUACGUCCCGUGGGAAGCUAUGCUGGAAUCCAUCAGGUUCAUCAAAGGCAUGCUGUCGAAACAGGGCGCGUACAUACUCUUAAGGCAAUACCUGCACGACCUUGUAGCUCCAGUAUUUGACAAAGUUGGGACUUCACCUGGUGGAAUAUUACCUGAAAAAUACCUCCGAGAGGUCAUACUUACCACAGCGUGUGACGUAGGAGUGACCAAGGCUAUAGACUACGCGAAGGAAAAGUUUCGCCAGUGGAAAGAAGAUAACGUCCAACCCCCGUCACAUUUCUCGUUGACGAUCUACUCGGUGGGUGUAAGGGAGGGAAGUGUAGAGGAAUGGGAUUACGUGUGGAAUCGCUCACAGGCCUCGAACGUCGCAGCGGAACGGGAAAUGCUUAUGGAGGCGCUUGCGCAGACACAAAAACCAUGGUUGCUAUGGAGAUAUGCAAAUUGGAUUUUCGACGAGACAAAAAUUAAAAGGCAGGACGUCCGAUUGGUUGUCAGCUACUUUGCUAAGAACCCACUAGGACGUAUGAUCGCGCUUCACCUCCUCAUGAACAAAUGGGAACAGCUCAAUGAACAGUUUGGAGCGGACGGGUUUCUUCUAAGAGAAACAAUAGCAGAGGUUACUCAAUUUGUAAACACAGAAUUUGAGCUUGACCAGCUAGAAACGUUGUUCAGCUCAAAGAUGCCGGCAAUAGCUUUUAGAGAAACAAGGAAUUCCUUGGAAUUGAUACGAGGAAACAUUAAAUGGAUGAAAGCAAAUUACCAGACGAUAUCUGAUUGGCUGCGACUUCACGUGGUUGGAAUGCUAUAAAUAACUCGAAAAUUAUAUAUUACACAUUUAUAUUUAUUUUUAUUAAUUAAUGAUUAUUACAAAAAGAAACAUGUAUAUAACAUCAUGAUGUAUAUUUUGUUUAUUGAAUGUAAUUCAUACAAAUCGUUGUAAAUUCACAUGUUAUUGAAUUAAAGUAUAUGUAUAUUGUUGAUAUAAAUAUAAAGUUGAUAUAUUAUUUAUGGUACAAUAAUUGUGGAAAAUACAAUGUACUUGGUAUACAUUGGUAAACAUUAGCCCUAACCAUGGUUACAGAUGACCAGAAAUGUUUUGAUUUUUCACGUGUGAAGUAAUUUCCUUGUAAACAUUUGUUUUAAAUGAUUCAUUUUUUAUUUUAUUGACAAAAGGAAAAAACCUUAAAAGCAAUAUUUUCCUUGUUCUGUACUCUAAUGUUAAAUCACUAUAAUUAGCAUGUCAAUUUGUGAUUUAUGUCGAAAACAUCAGUGUAUUUCCAACUAUAUACAUUGAUAUAAUGUUUAUGUUUCUUUAAAACCGUUGUUCAGUGCAGUUUGCCAUAUAGCUCCCUUAUGCUUUCUUAAUGCAUUAUUUAGAUCAUCCGAUAUAUUCCAAGGGGUUACGCUCACUCACGUUCUCAAGGGCAUAUCGUUUGCUAUUUGAUUGGUUUAAGGCAAAAAAUAACAUGCCCUGUUCUUUGGAUAAAUCAGAAGAACUACACCCGAUAGCAACUCCGGUUAAAUUAACCGUUACUGUGCCGCCCGAUUAAUCUGAAUUUCAACAAAAGAUCAAACUAAUAUACUUGUAGCUAUCACAAUGUGGUUAGUACAGAGCCUUUGAUUUUGUCAUGACAAAAACCUAAAUUUUAAUAAAUUUUAAAUUAUAAUAAAUUUUAAAUUAAUAAUAAAUUGACCGUAUCAAAUGGAGUUUCAAGGAUAAUAUUGGAUACUGUGUUCGCUUCCUUCUGCGUUGUCUUUCCGUUGUCUGAUACAAGAAGGUAUUGUUUUUACAUUCUCUCUCGUUGUCUAGUCUGUCUGCGCGUUCACUUCACCGUUAUUUAGUAUGUUACACGAAAAGGUUGGUUUUUUUGCACAUCCUUCCCUGUGUUCUAGUGUACAGUAUGCUCGACACAUAUGUUAUAUUGAUCAAGGCGAAACCGAAGUCUAUAUCGCUCUUACAAGUUAAUAUCACGUUAUAUGUAUCAUCAUGGAAGUGCAUAACUGUUUAAGUCAAUACUUCGUCAAUUCUAUUAAGAAGAACAAUAACGAUUUGUUAUUACAUUGUUUGAAUGUUACACUUUCUGCAGUCUAACAUGCAGGUUCGAACAACUCGCCUAAGUCGAACGAUCGUACUGACCAAUACAAUAAAGUUGUGUGUAAACAGGUAAUCAAACAUAAAAUACGCAUUUCAAGUACAAUAGGCAAGGGAACAUUAAAAAUAAAAAA